UCAUGCCUUUAGAAAUGUGUUCUCAUGUGUUCUUUUUAUCUCGUUAUCACAGCUUAGAGCGACUCGUGUAUCUUCGUAGUGACUCGUGUAUCUUCGUAACCAUGACAGCACGAGAGCAGUGCAUGCUGGGAGUCAGGAAGUGAAUCUACCGUGUGACUCGGGAUAUUAGCGUGUGGGCUCAUGCAGCCGCCAGCUCCGCUGUUACAGGUUUAAUCCUUUUCCCCUCGCUAAGGCAUAGUCUUUUCACAAAAAAGUACCCAGUAAAGCUCCUGGACUUCAACCCCCUGUGUCUCGGAGAUUUAUUUGGGAGUGUUUAAGCUGGAUGGAAACUUAGCCCAUUACAGUGAAAAGACUGCAACGCAGCUAACGGGGCAUACAGGAUCGCCGCCGUACGCAGCCACUCAUUAUCAAGAGAUAAACGGCUCUCACUACAGCCUUCGGAGAGCUUCGCCUUCAGCCUUCCUCUCCCGAUACCGGAGACCCAGCGACACGCAAUGUCACAACGUAGCAAUGCUAACAAAGGAAAUGGAGACAACCAGUCAGAGUGUGUGCGCUCAAGGAGCAGUCGCUCAUCUGGUACAUCGUCUGGCUCGAAAAUCAGCAUAGCCAUCGCCGUGGCAAAAGCAAAGGCUGAAGCCGCGCAAGCUAGAGCGGCACAUUCAAAAAGGGAAAUCGAGCUUAAAGUGGAGCAAGCACGUAUUCAAGCGAGCCUCGACGCAUUAAUGGACGAAAAGGAAAGGGAUGCUGCCGUUGCAGAGGCGAACUCCCUAGUAGCCGGUCUACAAGAUAUGGGUCUCGAAGUACGCAGCGAAGUUAACAGCCCGGUCUCCCAGUCUGUCAAAGACCAGCGCGUAGCCGCCUUUGUCACCGAACAGGCCAGCCUGAGCGCCAAGGGUCUAUCGGCUACAGAAAACAACCUUCCCCCUUCUCAGCCAGUCACUCACCCGCAUAACGCGGCUCAGACCCAAGAUGCCGCUCCCGCUGCUAUUACGCCACGCCAAGCUCUUCAGGGCCCUUGGAAAAGCGAGGCACCGUUAAGACAGAGCUCCAAGUCACCCUUCUACCCCCCUCCAACUCCACUCCUACAGCAGAACCCCAAACGAGAUUCUACGUUUCCCACGCAUCAGCCCGUCCACGGGACACUCUACGGAGGCGAUUACGACCACUCUACAACCACCGACCUUAUCAAAUAUCUCACUCGUAACCACUUGGUGACUUCAGGUCUCACCGCAUAUGACGACCAGCCAAUAAACUACUGGGCCUGGAAAACAUCGUUUCAGAACGCCACUGCCAAUCUAGACCUGUCUGCCGCAGAAGAACUCGACCUCCUAACCAAACACCUGGGAAAAGAGUCAGCAGAACAAGUAAGAAGAAUAAAGGCGGUCAACAUCAGGAACCCAACUACUGGGCUGUGCUCAGCAUGGGAGCGCCUCGACGAAGUAUACGGCUCACCAGAAGCAGUCGAACAAGCUCUGUUCAGCAAACUAGAAAGCUUUCCGAAGCUCACAUCAAAGGACCCACGGAGACUCCGGGACCUAGCCGACCUGCUGUCAGAGCUACAAGCCGCCAAGGAAGACGGCUACCUCGCGGGCAUGUCGUACUUGGACACCUCCAGAGGGAUUAAGCCCAUCAUCGAGAAACUUCCAUAUAGUUUACAAGAAAAAUGGUUAUACCACGGGGCGAGAUACAAACAAGAACAUUUCGUCAGCUUCCCACCUUUCCCCGUGUUGGUGGACUUCAUCCGCACCGAGGCGAAAGCACGUACGGACCCAAGUUUCAGCCUCUUCAUGCCAAACCCUCCAGCCGAAGGAAGGAAUAAAUGGGAGAGGCCCACAAAGACGUCCGUCCACGCCCACAAGACACAGGUCUCAGGCACUACCAAGUCCGAGUCCAAAGAAAGCAGGGAACGCAUCGACCCGAAUAAGUAUUGCCCCCUGCACAAAAAGCCCCAUCCUCUGAGGAAAUGCAGAGGCUUCCGCGAGAAGAGCUUAGACGACCGUAAACAGCUUCUGAAAGAACACUACGUCUGUUUUCGCUGCUGCUCGUCAACAGAACACCUAGCAAAGAACUGCACAGCCGAGAUAACAUGUACCGAGUGUGGGAGCGCUGCCCACGCGACAGCUCUCCACCCCCACACGCCUGCCUGGAGGCCCAAGUCGUUCCCCUCCACCUCAGAGGAUAGCGGGGAGGAGGACAAAGCGGACAACCAGGAGGUCAAGGCAACGUGCACACAGGUAUGUGGAGAAGGUCUGAGCGCUAGAGCAUGUGCUAAGAUCUGUCUCGUCAGGGUGUUCCCAAACGGACGAAGAGAGGAAGCCAAGAGAAUGUACGCUAUAUUGGAUGAGCAGAGUAAUCGCUCCCUCGCGCGGUCAGAGUUCUUCGAAGCCUUCAAGAUCUCCGGGCGCCCGUACCCAUACACCCUAAAGACCUGCGCGGGACGUACGGAGACAGCAGGGAGGAGAGCCAGCGGCUACACCGUAGAGCCAUUGGAUAAGAAAUCGAGUAUUUCUUUGCCUACACUCCUCGAGUGUAACCAAAUCCCUAACGUUCGUGCGGAGAUUCCCACCCCCGGUGCGGCCUACCAUCAUGCUCAUCUAAAAUGCAUCGCCGACAAGAUACCGCCUCCGGACCCAGACGCUAACAUCCUUCUCCUACUGGGCAGAGAUAUCUUACGGGUCCACAAGGUCCGAGAGCAGAUAAGUGGCCCAGGAGACGCUCCCUUCGCCCAAAGGCUUGACCUGGGGUGGGUCAUCGUCGGCGACGUGUGCCUCGGAGGUGCUCACAGGCCACCGGAGGUGAGAAGUUACAAAACAGCCGUUCUAGGAAAUGGUCGUACAAGUCAUCUCCAGCCAUGUGACAACCAGAUCAAAGUGACAGAGGCGUUCGAACAAGCACGCGACUACCAACACCAUUCAGCACUAGUGUCGACGAUGCUGACUGGAGACCAUUUGGGGCAAACCGUCUUCGCUCGCACUCCCAACGACCACAGACUCGCUCCAUCCUUGGAAGAUCUAGAGUUUCUGAGAAUAAUGGAAGCCGAGUGCUGCCAGAACAACUCCAACAGCUGGGUCGCACCUCUGCCGUUUAGGUCACCGAGACGGCGACUCCCCAACAACAGGAAACAGGCCCUCGAACGCCUCGUCUCACUUCGGCGCUCACUGGAAAAACGACCACGGAUGAAGGCCGACUUCCUAGAGUUUAUGGAGAAGAUGUUCAAGAAGGCACAUGCCGAAGCUGCCCCUCCCAUGCAACCUGGUCAGGAGCGUUGGUACUUGCCCCUGUUCGGCGUGUAUCACCCUCGGAAGCCGGACAAGAUCCGCGUGGUUUUCGACAGCAGCGCAUCCUAUGAGGGAGUAUCGCUCAAUGACGUUUUACUCACCGGUCCCGACCUCAAUAACAGCCUACUAGGCGUUCUCAUGAGGUUUAGGAAGGAACAGGUUGCAAUCACUGCUGACAUCGAGCACAUGUUCCACUGUUUCAUCGUGAAAGAGGACCACCGGGAUUUUCUCCGUUUCCUGUGGUACAAAAACAACGACCCUACCUCCGACAUUGUGGACUACAGGAUGCGGGUUCAUCUCUUUGGUAACAGCCCCUCGCCCGCUGUCGCAGUGUACUGCUUGCGGCGGGCGGCUAAGGCAGCGGAGGCCGACUACGGCAGCGAUGCCAGGAGAUUCAUCGACCGCGACUUCUAUGUGACGAUGCCUUGAAGUCCUUCAACACAGAGGAA